AUGGGCUGUUGUUCGUCAAUACCUUCUCAUGAACAAGAUGUGCCUAAUGUGACUCAUGAGCAACCCAAGUCUAUGCCACAACAUACGAUUGAAAAGAAUACUACUUGGCCUAUCCUUGUUCGACUAUCAAGUAAUGGACAAGAUAUUCCUAUUCAAGUACCUAUUCACCCACCUUAUUUAACAGUGGGUGGGCUUCGAAAAGAACUGUUACCUCAUUUAAAUCCAAAUGCUCGUAUCAAGUUUAUUUAUUUAGGUCGUCUUUUACCUGAUGGACAUAUCAUUGUACCCACUCAGCACCAAGACUCAGAUAUGCCUUUACCUCCUCCUAAACACAAAACCAUUCAGAUUCAAAAAGAAGGUGUUAUUCAAGCCAUGGUUUUAAUGUAA